ACAGUUACCGCCUGUAUAUAGCCACGCUAUUGUUAUUUACUGCUGCUCUUUAAUUAUUUUUUAAUCUUAUCUUUACUUUUUUUAAGGGAUCUUCUUUAAAACUGCAUUGUUGGUUAAAGGCUUGUAAGUAAGCAUUUCACUGUAUGGUACCUGUUGUAUUCGACGUGUGUGACAAAUAAAAUGUGAUUGGGUUUGAUUUGAAAGUAUACGAAUCAACCAACAGGAAGCUAGCUCUACGUUUCGAAGUCCAGAGAUUUCCUAUAGGCGGGUUCACAACAACAUUAGUGCUUCGGAGGCAAUAGAACGCGGAAGUAAAUUUACAACAGUAAAGGAGCUAAACCAAAUCGAAAAAAGUAUUGUAUCUAGUGUAGGCCUAUUAUUCUCAUAAACGUAGCUAUAAUAAUACGUUUAGUAGAUGUAGUGAAGUGACGCUGGAGUAUUAUGAACGCGGAAUUGGAAGAACAGGAGGAUGAACUGCUGGCGCUCGCGAGUAUCUACAGUCAGGAGUUCAGACGGGCUGUGUCAGGAUUGGGUGGGGAAAUCCGGGUCUCUUUGGACCUUCCUCGGGACUUCAGUGUGAUUGUCAAAGCAGGUGACAAGCACAGAGAUUAUGUCAUAUCUUUCCUCCCUCCUCUGGUGCUGACCUUCAACCUACCUUUGGAUUACCCCUCCACCUCAUCACCCGAGUUUAUACUGACCUGUAAGUGGCUCUCCCAUAGUCAGCUCUCAGCAGUGUGUAAGCAUUUGGAUGAGAUAUGGGAGGACACUGUGGGCAGUGUGGUCCUCUUCUACUGGGUCCAGUUCCUCAGAGACGACCUGCUUGACUUCCUGAAUAUCCGGCCACCGCUGGAGAUCCCUGUCAAUGACCAGGGCCAAGCCACUCCAUCUACUGAGGGCAGCGAGGCUGGAGACUCUCAGGGGGAAGCAGAAGGUAGUGUAGUUGAAACCUCUGAUGAGGCUGCAGUGUCCCUGGACCCAAGGGCCCUGUCAAUGUUAGCCACAGACACAGACCUCCUGGUGCAUCUGCUGGACUAUGAUGAGAGACAGAGGCUGAGAGUGUUCGAGGGACAGGCAUAUGGCUGUGGGAUCUGCUUCAUGAGCAAGUUAGGCUGUAGUCAGUACAGAAAGUGCGGCCAUAUUUAUUGCAACGAAUGCAUGUCGGAGUACUUCACGGUCCAGAUCAGAGACGGGAACGUCCGUGGCCUUACCUGUCCAGAGCCUGAGUGCAGCUCCACAGCUACACCCUCACAGGUGAAGCGGUUGGUUGGGGAGGAGUUAUUCACCCGUUAUGACCGCCUCCUGCUCCAGUCCACUCUGGACCGCAUGGCUGACGUGAUUUACUGCGCCCGCAAGGCCUGUGUUGCCCCAGUGGUGCUGGAACCGGACACAACCGCUGCCCUCUGCCCCUCCUGCCGCUAUGCCUUCUGCACUAUCUGUCGCAAGACCUACCAUGGCACCUCCCACUGUAAACUAAGCGCAAACACAUUCCUGACCUCAGGCUCUGACUCAGCUGCUGAGUCAUCCUAUGCAGGUGUACCUCAGACAGAGGCUGGGCUCCAGGGCCUAUGGGAAGAUUAUGCCUCAGGCAGUGAGGAGAGGAGAAUGUUCCUGGAGAAACGCUAUGGGAAACACAUUCUCAACACAGUGGUGGAGGAGAGCCUGAGUGAAGGCUGGAAAGGCCAGAACAGCAAAAAAUGUCCAUCCUGCCGUGCCAACAUACAGAAGACCGGUGGCUGUAACAAGAUGGCCUGUUUCACCUGUGCAACUCCACCAUCGAGCACUACUGGUCCACCAUUGAGCUCAGCAGCCCCACAGUCAGGUGGGACCCCUGUCCAACAAACGAGGUCAAAUGAUCCACUGUCAAGCUCAACAGCCACUUCAUCCUCAACAACUUCAGCAUCAGAUACAACAGCUUCAUCAGUUGGUAUAACACCCUCGUCAACAGAUGUAACACCCUCACUGGUUGGUGCCUCAUCUCAAGUGUCAAACACAGACAAUCCUACAUCUAUUGCAACAACUAAAGCAUCAAGUUUGACGCGUCAACGUCCAAAUGCAACAGCUCUGCCAUCAAAUGUAACAACUCCAUCUACCAAUACAAGCUCUCAGAGUGCAUGGACAACUCUGGCCACUACAGGCGGGUCAUUGAAUACCACUCAAUAUCACUUUGGCAAUUUGUCGACACCAUUUCCUGGGAUUAAUGGAACUAGCCCAGUUCCUCUGGUGGCUUCAUUCUCAAGGAGAUGUUCUUCAAAUCCACCUCUGUGUUGUCUUGGGCUCAACAAUUCCUGUUUCAGAGGGUGCUUCUGUGAUGUGGCUUGUAUAAGGUUGAAAGAUUGCUGCCCAGACUUCCAGACUACUUGUGUGACAGGUGUGCAGAUUGGAUCAGCCACGGUGUCCUCUGUCUCCAAUGCAACCAACGCAACCAACGCAACCAACGCAACCAACGCAACCAACGCAACCAAUGUAACCAACGCAACCAACGCAACCAAUGCAACCAACGCAACCAACGCAACCAACGCAACCAACGCAACCAACGCAACCAAUGCAACCAAUGCAACCAAUGCAAGCAAUGCAACCAAUUCCACUUCCACAUCAUUCCCAGUGUUCUCAUUUCCAGGAAGUUGUUCUGCGCGGCCGGCCUUGUGCUGUAAAGGCGCCAACGUGAACUGCUUCAGAGGGUGCUUCUGUGACGAGGUUUGUCAGACUCUAAAUGACUGCUGUCCUGACUAUGCAGAAACCUGCACAAAAGACAUUCAGAAGGUGAUUGGUAGUGGAUCUAUAUCCAUUCUUGCUCCACCCAAUUCAACUGAUGCGUCUCUUGAAGUGUCUAUUCAGAAUGCAGCAUUACAGCUGCAGACCUAUCUCAAGACAACAUACACUGAAAUCAGCUCCUUCAGAAUCAUCAAACUUAAGAAGACUGGAAAGACUUAAUUUGUAAAUCUGCUCAAACACAUCGAAAAUAUGUGAUUGCAUUUUAGAUUAGAUUGCAUUUUUCUUUCUCUCUGUGUGAUGAAACUAAACAUAAUUGAUUAUAUUACAACGUAAAGCACUUGUAAUAGAUACUUCUAAUGUAUAUCUGGUUUGAUGGGUACUAUGUGGGAGAACAAUAAUAUGUGAAUUGUAUUGGUCGCAUACACAUAUUUAGCAGAUGUUAUUGUGGGUGUAGUGAAAUGCUUGUGUACAGAGAAAUGCUUUGCACGGCUGUCUGUGGAUGAGAUAUGUCUUUAAUGUAAUUUCUCAAAUAAAUUGUCAGACUUAUUGGACUAAACAUU